AUGGCCGCCUUUGCUAAUGCCACAGUAGCGUCGGCUUGGCUCGCCAAGCUCAAUCAGACACCCUUCUACUUCCAAGCGCUGCCAACGACCAUUUCUGGUAUCUCAGACAAGUAUCUCUCAUUAGCGCUACCCAUCGUCAUCUACUGGGUCGCCUCCCUCUUCUACCAUGCACUCGAUACACUCGAGUUACCCUUCACCGAACGAUAUCGAUUGCACGAGCCCGAAGAAGUCACCAAACGUAACCGUGUCAGCGUUACACGGGUCAUCGUUAUGGUCAUUGUUCAGCAAGCUAUACAGACCCUUUUCGGGUUGCUGUUGCUCGACGAUGAUUCAGUUGGGCUCAAACAGACGUUCGCAGACCACCCAGCAAAGAUUCUCAACAUUGCAGCUUUCCUUCGAAACAGCACAUCCAAGUUGCUCGGUCCAUCGCUUGCGCCCACGUUCGCCAAGCUCGUCUUUGGCAGCCAAGAUGCGAUCUCCACCGCAUCGUGGCUUUACUGGUGGGGCAUUCCAACAGCUCAAUUCUGGUUCGCAUUCUUCGUCAUGGAUGCUUGGCAGUACACCCUCCAUCGUCUCUUCCAUGAAAGCCGUUUCCUCUACCGCCACUUCCACUCGCAUCAUCAUCGCCUCUACGUGCCGUACGCAUUCGGCGCACUCUACAACCACCCCGUCGAAGGCCUUCUACUCGACUCGGCAGGAGCAGCCAUCUCACACGCAGCAGCAUCCAUGACCGUUCGUCAAGGUAUCCUCCUCUUCACCUUUUCCACCCUCAAAACUGUCUCCGAUCACGGUGGAUAUGCCUUCCCAUGGUACUUGGAUCCAUUGCAUCUCAUCUUCCCCAACUGCGCAGAGUAUCACGAUGUACACCACCAAAUGACCGGGUUGCGGUAUAACUACUCGCAGCCAUUUUUUGUUCAUUUUGAUGUCUUGUUUGGUACACGCAUCUCAGCGGAGAAGUUUCAGAAGAUGAAGCAGUUGGCGGAACAGAAGAGGGUGCAGGAGAAGGAGGCAAGACUAGUGGCUAAGGGGAAGAGGAAUGACUCAGCAACAACGGAGAAGUUGGAAAGUAAGGAUGCAACUCCGGCAGAGAUUGUUGACAAGACAAGGAAGCCUUUUGUGACGUCGAAUAGGGAGGAGUAUGUGGCCAAGGCUGGUAUCUCGACAUGA